AUGGCUGUCGUAGAAGAAAGCACCUUGAACGAGCCAGUUGGAGGUGACAAAAACGACCGAGACGGAGCCGACGCCGCUGAGAAGGGCGACGCUCAAUCCGGGGAGCCAGCGUCUGGUGCGCCCAAAGAACAACCACCUCAAGCAUCCAAAGAGCCAGCCUCUGAGGAAUCCAAAGAGGAAGCAGCCGGAGCUUCCCAAGGGACACCAGCCUCUGAGCAGCCCUCCGGGGCCAAGGCAGACGAUGAGGGGCUCGAAGAGGGAGAGGAUAAGCUCUAUCUCGACACUAUUCCGUCGGUCCGGCGGUGUGGCUGGAUCGACUUCAAGAACCGGUUCCAAAGCGUCGGCGGCGGGCGGGAGCACGCCGUCGACGUCCUCAACACGAGCGCCGACCUCGAGGAGCAGAUGGACCAGGAGCACCUGAGGCGCAUGACGCCCGCCAAGCAGGAGGCCUACCGGGCGGCCUGGCAGAAGCCCGUCCAGCGCCGCCACGCGGGCACCAGCACGAGCGAGCUGACGUUUGAGCGCGUCCGCAUCAACUCGAGCAUCGUGCUCUCGUACCUGGCCGACGUGAGCGACAACCAGUCGUGGCCCAUGCAGCCGCACACCUUCCUGUUGCCCUUUGCCUUCCUCAUCCACCACCACCAGGCCAUGAAUGACAAGCUGGAUCGGCUCAGGGAGGAGUUCGGCACGCCGGAGCCGACGGCGGCGACGGGGGCGGCGCCACCCGGCGAGCAGCUGUCCGGCGUCAUGACCAAGGACGAGACCCUCGCUGCUGCCAAGAAGUCGCACAAGGCGUACCAGGACAUGAAGUGCUACGUGGACUUUGUGGCCGGCAACCUGAUGCCGCACUACAACCGGUUCAAGGACGUGAAUUACAAGAAGCCCAAGAAGAUCAGGUUCGAAGACCUCUGGAGCCUGUUCCGCUACGGCGAGCUGGUCUGCUAUCCCAACCGCCCCGACGCCGAGGACGCUCCGGAGAGCAAGGCGAGACGCGUCCGGUCCGAGCAGGGAGGCGACGCGCCCAAGCAGCCCUCCGGCGACAUGGCGUCAGGGCCGGCGACGGCCGCCAUCGCAUCGGUGGACACGCACACCAUUCUUCGCGUCAAAUUCAUAUUCAUGCCCAUGGUCGAUGAUGAGUCCGCCAAGUCAUCCGACAGGCCAGCCUCGCUUCGCUCAACAGAUGGCGAUCGCGCCGUCAUCAUGGCCUUCUAUCUCGACCACGACGGCACCAGGUACGGAAUGAUACAGCACGACAUCUAUAUCAAUUACUUCCGUGGAGAGAUGGAUAUCCACAAACUUCCCGUCUUUCCAGUCCGGUUUCUCAAGAACAAGGAUGCGCUCUUCGAUCAGCUGCUUAAGCGAGGGAAGAAAUUCAAAGGACUGCUUGAGCAGUCCCGCAGCGGGCGAGAAAUGCUCAUUCACGACGGCUGGUCCUUGACGAGGACUCCGCUUGGGGCUCCAGUGCCGCAGCCGCCGUGGGGCUGUGACACGGUUGCCUCCAGGCGGAGGGUCCUGCAGUCGGAGUACCUGGAUACCGAGAUCAUCAUCGAUUUCAAGGAGGCCUUCCAGAACAUACCGUCCUGGAAGCCCAACUUCAGGCUCUACAACAAGGAGAGCGCCACCCCCAGCGUCAUGUACGACAGUUGCGCUAUCUACUGCUGGGAGGACGAGAGGCGGUCUGGGAAGCCCAGACAGGCCAGGGAAAUCCUCGUGACGAGCGACAAUGUGGACAUUGACGAGUGGAACAGCCUCGCCAAGAGAGACCCGUUCAUCGACGACCCCCAGGGUGAGAGGGGCCACACCAUCAUCGGGGACGAGCAGGUGUUCAGGGAGGAGGAUCUGAUGCUGCUCCCCGCCAGGGUUAUGGCGUACUCGCUGCGGGACCGCAAAUUCUUCCAGGCCGACGUCGAGAACAUCAAGAAGAAGGACUGGCCGGAGCAGGACGAGGACCCGUUCCACGAGCUGCGUAUCAAGGAGGGACACAAGGAGGUGAUUAAGGCGCUCGUCGAGGAGCAUUUUGACAAGAAGAGGCACCAGGAGCUGCCGGACCAGGACUUGAUCAGGGGCAAGGGCAAGGGCCUCGUGAUGCUGCUGCAUGGCGCGCCGGGGGUGGGCAAGACGAUGACGGCAGAGGCCAUCGCCCAGACGCAUAGGAGGCCCCUUUUCUUUAUCACCUGCGGCGACCUCGGCGUGACCCCAGACACGGUCGAGGAUCGUCUCAAGGACAUCUUCCGCCUAGCUAACAGGUGGGACUGCAUCCUGCUGCUGGACGAGGCCGAGAUCUUCCUGUCCCAGCGGAUGAGAGGGGACGGGAGCAUCCAGAGGAACGCCAUGGUGUCGGUCUUCCUCCGGAUCCUCGAGUACUACCCCGGUAUACUGUUCCUGACGACGAACAGGGUCGGCACCAUGGACGAGGCGGUCAAAUCACGCGUGCACGUCAGUCUGCACUACCCGGGCCUCGGCAGGGACGAGACCCUACAGCUCUUCAAGAUGAACAUCAAGCGGCUCAAGAAAAUCGAGGGGAUCAGGGCCUUGGACCGGAACCAGCGCUCCGGGGCCGGGGCUGGAGCCGUGGACGGGAGCGGCGGCGGCGGCGGCGGCGGGCCCGUAGCCGAAAUGGACGUGCGAGAAAAGGAGAUCAUGAGGUUCGCCGGCGAGCACUACGACCACAACCCCCCCGCGGUGCGAUGGAACGGGCGCCAGAUCCGCAACGCCUUCCAGAUCGCGGCCUCGCUGGCGCACAACAAGCGACGCGAGCGGGACAACAUGGACGAGAAGCGCCGCGACGCUGGUGGUGGUGGUGGCGGUACCGUCAAGGACGACGACGACGGGACCUUCAUCGGCAGGACGCACUUCCGGCGCGUCCAAAAGAUCACGGCCGAGUUUGACACCAUGAGAGCUGAGAUCUUGAAGAAGACGGACGCGGAGGGCGCCCGGGACAGAGAGGAGCGCGUGGACCCCCGCUCGCCUAGCCGCCCCCGACGCCACGACCAGGACCACAAGCGGGGAGGAGGAGGAGGAGGAGGAGGGGGAGGAGGCCGCUACUAUUCCGAGUCCAAGGACUACCGGAGCCAGGGAAAGCAGUAUCACGAGGACGGGUACUACGACGAUGAGAAGAGGGACGCGUACAAGUACGGGGGCGGCGGCAGAGACUAUGGCUACGAUGACGACGACUACGGCGACGACUACGGCGACGACAGGCGCGAGAGGAGGGACGACGGCUACUCGCGCCGACGCACCGACCACUACUCUCCGGAGCCCCGCGGCUCGCGCCGCUCGGGCUAUGGAGGAAACGCGCGCGACGACUGGGACCGCGACCGCGAUCGCGGGGGCGAUCUGGGCUCGAGGAAGCAGCAGCGGGCCCGGUCGCGGUCCGGCUCCCGUUCCCGUUCCCGGGACGCCGGGACGCAGCAGCAGCAGCGCAAGGCGGGCAAGUCCUCGGGCGGCGGCGGAGGCGGCGCGCCGGCGGCCGAUGACGCGGGCGACAAGUCCAGGGACCGGUCGCGGGCGCGGGGCGGCGGUGGGGAUUCGGAGACGGCGGGCCGGCCGACGACGACCAGCCCCGGCGACGACCACCGACCCAGCAGCCACGGCGCGAGGCCGAGCAGCCAGACCGGCAGCCGUCCACCGUAA